UCCAUAGACCUUUCUCACAAGAGCAAGUCCAGUAAUCCAUGGCGGCCGGAGGAGGCGGCGGCGAAGGCAGCCGGUCGAUGGAGGAGACUCCGACGUGGGCGGUUGCUGUCGUGUGCUUGGUCCUAGUAGUCAUCUCCAUCCUCAUCGAGCAUGCCAUCCACCUCCUUGCCAUGUGGUUGAAGAAACACCAUAAACGAGCACUCUACGAAGCACUCGAGAAGAUCAAAUCCGAAUUGAUGCUGAUGGGGUUCAUAUCCUUUCUGUUGACGGUCGGGCAAAGCAGCAUCUCGAAGAUAUGCGUGCCCAUGAGCGUUGGGAACUCAUGGCACCCCUGCGACCCCUCCGAAGAGGCCGACAUCACCGGCAGCGGCCGAAGGCUUCUGCAAUUCAGACGCAGUUUAGCUGCAGGGGGUUCAUCGGAUAACUGCACAGACAAGGGAAAAGUAGCUUUAAUUUCGGGUGAAGCGAUCAAUCAACUUCAUAUCUUUAUCUUCGUCUUGGCGGUCUCCCAUGUCCUCUAUUGUAUCUGCACAUUGGCGUUGGGUAGACUGAAGAUGAAGAAGUGGAAGGCUUGGGAAUCGGAGACUAGAACAGCUGAAUACCAAUUCACUCAUGAUCCUGACAGGUUUCGGUUCGCAAGGGAUACAUCGUUCGGCCGCCGACACUUGAACUUCUGGAGCAAGUCGCCGUUCCUCAUUUGGAUUCUCUGUUUCGCGAGGCAAUUCGGGAGGUCGGUACCGAAAGUGGACUACUUGACGUUAAGGCAUGGGUUCAUCGUCGCACAUUUGGCUCCACAUAGCUCAAGCAAGUUCAAUUUCCAAAAGUACAUUAAGAGAUCACUGGAAGAGGACUUCAAAGUAGUUGUUGGCAUAAGCCCUACGAUAUGGUUCAUCGCCGUCGUCUUCCUGCUAUUCAGCACCCAUGGGUGGCAGUCCUAUUUAUGGCAACCAUUCAUUCCUUUGAUUAUAAUUCUCAUGGUCGGAACAAAACUUCAAGUGAUCAUAACAAAGAUGGCCAUACAGAUUAUGGAGCGCGGAGAUGUCGUUAAGGGUGUCCCAGUUGUUCGGCCUCGAGACAACCUCUUCUGGUUCAAUCGGCCGGGCCUUCUCCUCUUCCUCAUCCAUUUCGUCUUAUUUCAGAAUGCAUUUCAGCUGGCCUUCUUCGCCUGGACUUGGUAUGAAUUCGGCUACCCUUCGUGCUUCCACAAGCGAAUUGCCGACAUUGUAAUUCGCAUAUCCAUGGGCAUUCUCAUACAGGUUUUGUGUAGCUAUGUGACGCUGCCUCUGUAUGCAUUGGUGACACAGAUGGGGACGAAUCUGAAGCCUACUAUUUUCAGUGAUAGAGUAGCCGUUGCUCUACGAAAAUGGCACCGCACCGCGAGGAAGAACUUGAAAGAGAGUAGGAAGUCUGGUAGUGUGACACCUUCAACGAGCCGGCCGACGACUCCAGCCCACGGCUCAUCGCCAGUCUACCUCUUGCAGUACUACCAAAAUGUGGUGGACUAUAGUGCCCAAAACUCCCCCAAGAAGAACAUUGAGGAUGAUGAUGACCGGUUUGAUCCCGAGGGCUUGCCAUCGCCGUCCGGCCACCUGAAUGGUGAUUCGUUCUCGCACUACAGGAAUGCGAUGCCGAAGAGGUUUGUGGAUGAUGAUGUAGGGGUGGAGCAAGCCGACGAUGGUGAAUUGCAGUUGCCAAUUAGGCACGAGAGUGAUAUUGGCCGUGUAAGCAGUGUAGUGUCGGUUGAUUUUUCGUUUGACAAGAGGCAAAGAUAGGCAUAGACAAACUGACAAGAUGCUGAUUCAAGGAUUGAUAGGCAUAAUGUUCCCAGUUCUUGAGGAGGAACUUAUUACCAUAAUUAUAUAUGUACUAAAUUUGUGAUCAUCAAUAAAAUUGAUACCUGGGAUC